ACGCUCGCUUAUCGGCCCUCUCCCGUACGUGCCCGUCGUUCGCUCCGUUGUUAUGACGACACGGUCGUAAAGUCGCCAUUUUGUGUUGUGUUGAAGCCGCUGUGCGAUCGUUCGUUGCGACAGAGGAGGAGAAGUCCAGGCGGGGAUGAGCUCGGAGCUGGAGCCGGGGGCGGGAGACUCUGUGGCUGUGCCCGGCGGUCUGGUCAUCCCCUGCCUGCCCGUGGUGCCCAUUAUCACCCACUUCAAGGAGGAAGAUGAAGAUGUGCAUAGAUGUGGUCGCUGUCAGGCUGAAUUCACGAGCUUGGAAGAGUUUGUCCAGCACAAGAUACAAAAGGUUUGUCAACAGGACCUCGACCACAACUUGGACUCGUCCUUAUUGACCAUCAGCAACCAAGAGCAGGUGGUGCCAUGUAUAGAAGAAAAUGGGGACAUCUCUCAUGUUGUUGUGGAGACGACCUCCUUACAAGAGGAUAUCAGCACCUCUCCGGAUAUAGCAGUGUCUGAAGAGGUGAAGAUGGUCUCCUGUGAGGACGGUAUGAUGGACGCAGGCCAGGGAAGUGAUGGUCAGGAACUGGAGGUGGAGUGGCAUGAAGUCUCUGAGAUGUCGGCACAGACCGAUGACGGCCACCUGCUGAAGUUAAUAGUGGAUGACCGAGGGCGCUUUGUUUGUCAGACGUGUGAAAAGUCCUUUAAAAGUUGCACCAUUCUGAAGGCUCACAUGCUCACUCAUAGCGCCAAGAAAGACUUUCAGUGCAAGAUGUGUACAGAUUCAUUCAGGACUAAGGGCUCUCUAAUCCGCCAUAUCAGGAGGCACACCGACGAACGCCCGUACAGCUGUUCAAAAUGUGGGAAGAGUUUUCGUGAGUCAGGGGCAUUAUCUAGGCAUAUGAGGUCUCUCACUCCCUGCACAGAAAAGCUCAGCCACGUCCUAGGGAAUAGCAUCGUUCUCAAACGGGACGAAAAUUCAUCAGUUUUGGUAUCUACAGAUGUCACGUCACAUUUAGGGACAGAUGAGAUCGAUGGCAGUCCGGUGAUCCAACUAGUAACCGAUGACAAGGGCAACCUACUGCACGAGAUUCACGUCCAGGUGCGAGCUGUGGCUUUCAAAACAGGGAUAGAUGGUUUAGCAAACAAGGACACAGAAUGUUUCGGAUGUCCUCAGUGUGGGGAAAUUUGCAAGAACAGCAACUCCUUGAAGGUCCAUCUGAAAGGACAUGAAGGCUGCAAGCUAUUUCGCUGUGAUCAGUGUGGUCGUGAAUUUCUGAAGGCUCACAUGCUCAAGAAGCAUCAGGAAUCCCAUGGCAAUGUCCGGAAAUACAAGUGUGGAGAAUGUGGGAAGAUGUACAAAACGGUAGCACACGUCAAGGGCCACAUGAGAGUGCACUCCGAUGACCGGCCCUACCCCUGUACAAAAUGUGGGAAAAGAUACAAAACUAAGAACGCUCUGCAAGUUCACAUACGGACCCACAUGGAAGAGAAGCCUUAUGUAUGUCAGUACUGCCCUCAUAGCUUCAGGGAGAAGGGCUCUUUGGUGCGGCAUAUCAGGCAUCACACGGGCGAGAAACCUUUUAAAUGUCCCAGAUGUGGCCGAGGGUUCGCCGAGCACGGAACAUUAAACCGGCACAUGAAAACCAAAGGUGGCUGUGUGCUUCCUCAGCAUAUUGGAGACCAGACAGCGACUGAAAACAGCAAUAGCUCGGAAGCCAUGAGCAGCCCAACUGCCUCGGAGGAGCCGCACACCAUGCUGGUAGAGUUCUCUUCAGUGGUCGCCGAUACUCAGGAAUAUAUUAUUGAGACUUCUGAAGACAUAGAAACCAGUGAGGCCGCUGAGAUGCUGCAGAGUACAAGAGCCCAGGAGGUUGACGGCCAUAUUCUGAAUGUAGUACAGUAGUUGGUUAGCAGCGCCAGCCCAGGACAGCAGAUCAUUGUACAAAAUAUGACACUGGAUGACACUACUGAGCCCUGUAUAGAGGAAGUCCCCACUACAGACACAAUAACCAUAGCUACCCCAGAAUCUCUGACUGAGCAGGUCGCCCUGACUCUGGCUUCUGCUAUUGGAGAUGGAACAAUAAUUGCCAAUGAAGUUUCUCCUGUGGAGGAAGUAAUAGUACCGGAGGAUGUGGAACAGGUCGGAGAGUUCGUCAUAACGUCACAUGAUGGGGAGGUGGAGGUGCAGACGGUUAUCGUGUAGCCGCUGGUCACCUUCUGUGUGAUGACUUCGGAUUAAAACAGGAAGCCAAAAUUGUACACUGGUCUGCUGUAAUGAACAAGACAACGUCAUACUCCAGCCUCUGCUAGGUGGCGCUGUGUCUCAGGUCUAUUGGCACAAACACAAGUGACUCUGCAGACUGACGGAGGAGCCCAGAGACGACCCAGACUGUAGUAUUAAUACGUCAUGGGUUAGAGGUGCUGGGAAGAGUUCUUGGUGCUUUUCCUCUUAAGCUACUGGUGCAUUAAAGCGACUGUGACCUGUAUAUUUUAUUACACAUAGGUCAGGGUUCUAGUGAUGAAGUGGUAAGCUCGGAGUAAUGCUGGUGCCUUUUGAGCUUUGCACUUGUAUCCUCCAGUCACCACCCCGUAUAGGACGUCGUAUCUGGUCUGUAUUUCUGUGGGUAGCUGCGCCCCAGAUCCUUCUCACAUUGAGAAACCUAUGGAAACUAAAUGGCUAUGCUGUGCAUGGGGUGUUGUAUAUUACUGCUCCUACACCGCAUCCGGCAGAGAAACCUUCCUUAGUCAGCCACUUCACCGCUCCAGCUUUUAGCCUGUUUUAGGUGCUAGGGGAGUACGGUUACUAUCGGGAGCACUCUCGCUUCAUAACUGGCCAUUAGGACCUGCGUGACUAAACAAUAAGCUGCACCCUCCAUUCUCCAGCAUUAAUCCCGUCAGUACAUACGAGUGCAGUUGUUAGUUCUAGUUCAGCGAACGGCCUCUGCAGUGACAUGAGGAGUGUUUUACGUUAUCGAGUUUUAAAGCCGACCUAUUGCCUGUGUAUAAGUCGCGUCUGCUUGGUUGACCAGAGGUUUAUACCACUCUAGUCUAUGGCUCAGAGGUUCUGAGCAGAAGACAUUCCCCCUUUUUUAUACGCUAAGCAUUCCUUGACAGGGCAUUAAAGGAGAUGUUAAGAAACAGACGGCCGCUUGGACAAGGGAUCAGCACUUCACCUGCAGUGAGAAUGUGUCUGCUGUGGUAAGGGCAGCCAAUACGGAAUGGGUUUUCGUUUUAGUAUUGAUGCUAUUUGCUAGAAUUGAGCGAACUUACUGUAAAUCGGCGAG